UAGUUUGGAAACAGCAACAGGACAACAUGACCUAAAAUGCAGUUCCAGCAGAGCCACCACUGAAGAGGAGAGAUAGCAGAGCCACCACUGAAGAGGAGAGAUAGCAGAGCCACCACUGAAGAGGAGAGAUAGCAGAGCCACCACUGAAGACGAGAGAUAGCAGAGCCACCACUGAAGACGAGAGAUAGCAGAGCCACCACUGAAGACGAGAGAUAGCAGAGCCACCACUGAAGACUAGAGAUAGCAGAGCCACCACUGAAGAGGAGAGAUAGCAGAGCCACCACUGAAGACGAGAGAUAGCAGAGCCACCACUGAAGACGAGAGAUAGCAGAGCCACCACUGAAGACUAGAGAUAGCAGAGCCACCACUGAAGAGGAGAGAUAGCAGAGCCACCACUGAAGACGAGAGAUAGCAGAGCCACCACUGAAGACGAGAGAUAGCAGAGCCACCCCUGAAGACUAGAGAUAGCAGAGCCACCACUGAAGACGAGAGAUAGCAGAGCCACCACUGAAGAGGAGAGAUAGCAGAGCCACCACUGAAGACUAGAGAUAGCAGAGCCACCCCUGAAGAGGAGAGAUAGCAGAGCCACCACUGAAGAGGAGAGAUAGCAGAGCCACCCCUGAAGAGGAGAGAUAGCAGAGCCACCACUGAAGACGAGAGAUAGCAGAGCCACCACUGAAGACUAGAGAUAGCAGAGCCACCACUGAAGAGGAGAGAUAGCAGAGCCACCACUGAAGAGGAGAGAUAGCAGAGCCACCACUGAAGACUAGAGAUAGCAGAGCCACCACUGAAGAGGAGAGAUAGCAGAGCCACCACUGAAGAGGAGAGAUAGCAGAGCCACCACUGAAGACUAGAGAUAGCAGAGAGACAGAAUCUGUCACCAUGCCCUGCUGUUCCAGCCCUCUAACCCUGCUCAGGGACUCUCUACGGUGCCAGAGACAACAUGACAAGGACCUCCGGACCCUGGUCUCCAACCUGCCCUACCAAGGUCUCCCCAAGACCACUAACCGAAACUUCCCUGGCAACUCCAUCAAGACCACCAAGUACUCUUUCUGGUUCUUUAUUCCUCUGAACCUCUGGGAGCAGUUGCACAGAUUUGCUAACGUCUACUUUGUGGGGCUGGCCUUGUUGAACUUCGUGUCUGCUGUGGAGGCCUUUCAACCGGAGGUUGCUCUGAUUCCUAUAUGUGUCAUAUUAACCCCGACGGCUCUGAAGGAUGGAUGGGAGGACUACAGGAGGUAUCGGUCUGACAGGAGGAUCAACUAUGCAUCCUGUCUGAUAUACAGCAGGAAGGAGGGGGACUUUGUGGAGCGUCGUUGGAAGGACGUGAGGGUAGGAGACUUCGUGAAGGUGUUGUCUAACGAGAUCCUCCCAGCUGACCUGUUGUUUCUCCACACCUCCGACCCUAACGGGGUGUGUCACGUUGAGACCGCCACCCUGGAUGGAGAGACCAACCUCAAACAGAGACAGGUCGUCCCAGGACUCUACACACAGGAUUUUCCUUUUAAUCCGCAACACUUCAACAGCACAGUAGUCGUUGAAAAACCCAACGACAACCUCAAUCAUAUCAAAGGUUACAUAGAGACGGCUGAUAACAGGAAGUAGGGCUUUGGGAUUGACAGUCUGCUGCUGAGGGGGUGUACCGUCCGAAACACAGACCACGCAGCUGGGUUCGUGGUGUACGCAGAGUCUAGGAACAUGCUUCUCUUCCUGAUACCAGACAGCCAUGGUCAUCUGGACCCGCCCCCUCUGUCUAGCUUCUACAUGUUCUUGACUAUGAUCAUACUACUGCAGAUCCUGAUUCCCAUCUCCUUGUACGUAUCCAUUGAAAUUGUGAAGGCGAGUCAGGUGUUCUUCAUCACUAACGACAUAGACCUGUAUGAUGAAGAGACAGACAGCAGAGUCCAGUGUAGAACCCUCAACAUCACUGAGGACCUGGGACAGAUUCACUACGUCUUCUCGGACAAGACUGGUACCCUCACAGAGAACAAUGGGAACUGUAAAGAAACAGAGGUGGUGCCAGACAGAAAGCUACUUCAGCGUGUUCUGAGAGGUGGUGGUGACGGGGCAGAGAGACACGCCCACUGCCGGGAAACAGAUCUCUACCUGGACUUCUUCUUGGCUCUCGCUGUCUGCAACACGGUGGUGGUUUCCACGGCAACGCAGGCUCAGGCUCAAAGACGGAGACUCUGUCUCUGCCACUCUCUGUCUCUGUCUCCCUCUGACUCUGUCUCUGUCUCUACCCCAGCCAACAUCCCCAGACCUGGGCUGGUAGUGGACAUUGCUGAUCAGCUAUGCUACGAGGCAGAGAGUCCAGACGAGGCAGCCCUGGUGUACGCUGCCAAGGCGUACGGCUUCACCCUAUUGGCCCGUACCCCAGACAGCAUCACAGUGAGAUUACCUCACGGACAAGAGCUGACCUAUCAGGUGCUGGACACCCUGACCUUUGACCCCAUCAGGAAGAGGAUGUCGGUGGUGUUGUGUCAUCCAAUCACCAGGGAGAUAGUGAUGUAUACCAAAGGGGCGGACUAUACAAUGAUGGAGCUUUUAGAGACAACUUAUGCAGAUAACAGAAUGGAGGGGAGCCAGAACAAUACACCUGCAAGCACUCAAAAACACCUUGACUGGAACGCCAAGGAAGGACUACGGACUGUAGGGUACCUCUGUUUGGCAAAGAAGGUGCUUAGUAAGAAGGCCUAUGAGGACUGGUCCCUGGUGAGACAGGAUGCUGUGGCUGCCAUCAACAACAGAGAGGAACUCCUUAUGGAGACAGCAAUGCACCUGGAGACACACCUCACUCUGCUAGGGGCCACGGGUAUAGAGGACCGUCUGCAGGACAGUGUUCCUGACACCAUCAUGAACCUGAGAGAGGCAGGGAUCCAGGUGUGGGUUCUGACAGGGGACAAGCCCGAGACGGCCGUCAACAUCGCCUACGCCUGCAGGCUGCUGGACCAAGGAGAUCUAGUUAUCAACAUGAGAACCAACAACAAGUUCCUGGGCAGCCAGGGCGGAAAGCUGCAGCUCCGAUUCCCAGACUACACUGUACAAAACUUUGCCACAGAGACGCUGCUGGGCCUCCCAGAGCUGUACAGGAGUGGCCAAGGGUCAGAGGGAUAUAAUCCCUUUACAUUUUGGAUCGCCAUGCUGGACGCCUUCUAUCAAAGUCUGGUAUGCUUCUUCAUUCCAUUUUGGACCUACCAUGGAUCAGACAUAGACAUCUACACGUUUGGAACUCCUAUUAACACUGUGUCUUUAUUCACAAUCCUUCUGCAUCUGGCCUUAGAGAUCAAAACCUGGACUGUAGUCCACUGGGUGAUCAUGCUGGGUAGUGUAUCUCUGUACUUCAUGGUGACCCUGGUCUACAGUGCUGUGUGUAUCAGUUGUAAUCCACCAUCAGACCCCUACUGGAUCUUACAGCAGCAAAUGACUGACCCCAUGUUUUACCUGGUCUGUGUCAUCACUACUGUGGUCGCCCUGCUGCCCAGGUACACAUACCGUGUGCUGAUUAACACAGUAGCCCCCUCCCCCAUCAUACGGGCUAGGCAUCUGGAGCGACUGGACCCCACCACCAAGGAACAGUGGAUCAGGGAGUGGAGGGGGCUCAGGGGAGAGAGCAGAUGGGGGGUGGGCGCCGGAAUAGACCCAGAAACAGGAGCCUUCUCUGGGCAAUCAAUGUCACCACUGCCUCACCAUCAUCCACCUUGGGACUCUUCUCCUCAGAGCACAGUUCAGGUUGAACUCCAACAACAACCAAUUGAGACAUCACAGAAAGUGACAUCAUGAUGAACGUCAUCACCAAGAGAU